GGCAGACGCCGUCACCGCUGCCUUCGCUACCGUCCGAGUCGCCACCUUCCACGCCGUCGGUCUGGGAGGAGUCAUUUGUUCACAGCCACCGAUGGGCGCAGCCUCAACCGAGGCUGAUGAAACGGUCGCCGGGACUGCAAGACGUCGCCAAUCUGGUCAACAAGACGGACGCUGAGUUGGCCGAUCUUCUGGUCGUCCCCACGAGGCCUCCGGCCUCGGCCGACGUCAGUGGAGGCGAGCUCGAACCCUCCAUGACGCCGACAAUUGAGGCUCUACGGCGUAACGACUUGGCUGAGGUUAGCCUUUCGCCCAUCAUCUUGCGUCGGAUGACGGCUCUGUUGGCCUACCGGUCGGAGAAACGGAAAAAACGUCAGCGUCGUUGUCAACGUCAACGUCGACAUCGACGUUGCGACACUCGAGGCCUCGACGUUGAGACGAACGCAGACGCGGACGACUCCGAGACCGACUCUGAUGAGGAAUUAUUUGUCGACUACGGCAACUCGAGCUCGGCCAACAGCAGCAGCAGCAGUAGCAGCAACAUCAUCAACAACUCCGGUUCCACAAGCUCCAUCGAGCCGGCCUACAUCAGCUCCAAUCCGCUUUUCUCUCAGAUCCAUCCCUCCGCUUCGGACAGCUGUUCGGCGUCGCCCCACACUUCGAUCCGUUCCAGCCUCUCGGCCGCACCAAUGCCGUCGUCAUGGCAGACAGGCCUGACGAGCCGAACAAUUGGACAGAUCGACUCAUGCCAGACCCUACAAGUGGUCGCCAGGCAACAGGCGUCAAGUCAGUCGAGCACGGCUGUUGUCUGGACGGACGAGUCGGCCCACCACGACAGGGUCGGAGAGGUGAGCCAGACCGCUGGGGAGGAUGAGUUGGUCGACCAAAACGGACUUGGUGAAUUGAGCUUCCUCGACAGUGAGGCCUUCUAUGGCGAAGCCUGGUACCUGCCGGGCAAGGAUAGACCGUGUACAUGGAUCGACUUAGCCACCAAAGCUGAUAUGGACGAGGUGACUCUCAGUUCGGGUGAGUUGGCUUUCUCAUUUGGUACCGCCCGCCGCAACAUCACCAACAUACAGGUAAACCUAUACCACCAUAAUCCGACAUUGAGGAUGAUACGAGAUUGGGUAAUCCCAAUAGAUGACCUUUAA